UUAGACAAUGAGGGGUGGGACAAAACUGUAGAUUUUAAAAUCUGUAAUCUAACCCCUAAAUCAAGAACAUUGCUCAAAGUUUGCUUUACACUUAUCGAGAUGGAGUCGUCAGGAGUCGACCAGGGAAUGUUUAUUUCAAAGCGGAAGAAGCCUGUUUCUUCUCCGAGAAGUAGUUUCUUGUUUUCGGUUUAUCAGCUCGAGAUUUGACUGGAGAUAUAUGCCACGACUCGAUAUGUUCUGCAUCUACACCAUAUUUCGCUUGAGGAAAUAGGACUGAUCGGAUUGUGCGUGAAUGAAAACUGAACUGUAAAGAGUUUAACUAGAGUUUACACCGAGAGUGCCAGGAUGUGGAAAAAGUUAAGGAUCCAGCACAUCUGGAUAUGACUUGCGCCGCUGAUUUCACCAUAUUCGACGUUAGGAGAUAAUACUUUUAUGUUUUGAGUAAUGAGAGACGAGUUUCAUAAACAGAUGAAGUUUGAUAAACUUAAUUCGUGAGUGAGCACAAGACGAAAAUCAGGCUAUUUGAGGAACGUUCUCUUCACAGACAUGAAGGCUUCUGAGAUGCUCACUGUACUGUUUGUUUUGGUGUGUUCAGGGAGAUAUGCAACUCUCGCAGAUGAAGGUGAAGAGGACAUUUUACAGUGCAGCUGUGAGAACACAUAUGCUUGCGUAAACAACACCUGCUGGGGUCGCAUUUGCUUCUACAGUUCGGUCUAUGAGCAGGUAGUCAGGGGCUGUUUUCCCACCAGUGAGCAAUGCCACGUGCCUAAAGUACCCGAAGUGUAUUCCAAGUGCUGCUUCACACACCUCUGCAAUGCAAACCUAAGUGUGCCUGAAAAAACAGUGGAAAAGUCCAUCGGAGUGAUUCUGCUGGUGGGAGUGCCAUUGUUGGUGCUGCUGGUGUUGUCUAUGGUAGCCUGUGGGCUCGUGUUGUGGCUGCGUACAAGGCGACAGCACCAAGACACUUCCAUGCUCAAAGUCCCUAGUGGAGAGGACCCAGCAUAUGAGGAUAUCUUUGAUGAGUUUUGUACGUCGGGCAGUGGGACCGGCCUCCCUUAUCUGGUGCAGAGGACCAUGGCUCGACAGAUCUCUCUGGUUGAAUGUGUUGGUAAAGGACGUUAUGGAGAGGUAUGGAGAGGCACCUGGAUGGGAGAGAGUGUGGCUGUCAAGAUUUUCUCUUCUCGUGAUGAACAGUCCUGGUUUAGAGAGACUGAAAUCUACAACACGGUCCAACUAAGGCAUGAAAACAUCUUGGGCUUCAUAGCAUCAGACAUGACGUCUAAAAACUCGAGCACUCAGCUGUGGCUGGUCACACACUUCCAUGAGUUGGGCUCCCUCUAUGACUUCCUGCAGUACAGCAUGCUGGACCCCGAGGGCUGUCUGCGCAUGUGCCUGUCCAUCGCCAGCGGCCUUGUGCACCUCCACACGGAGAUCUUCAGUACACAGGGCAAACCGGCCAUUGCACACAGAGACCUGAAGAGCCGCAACAUUCUGAUGAAGAGAAACGGCCAGUGCUGCAUCGCAGACCUGGGCCUGGCUGUCAUUCACUCUCAGUCUAAUGACUAUCUGGAUGUGGGCAACAACCCCAGAGUGGGCACCAAGCGUUAUAUGGCACCGGAGGUUUUGGAUGAGAGUAUUCGUGUUGACGUUUUUGAGUCCUAUAAACAAACUGACAUCUGGGCCCUGGGUCUCGUAUUGUGGGAGAUAACUCGUCGAACUAUUGUAAACGGGAUUGUGGAGGAGUACAGACCGCCGUUCUUUGACGUAGUGCCCUCUGACCCAAGUUUCGAGGAGAUGAAGAAAGUGGUGUGUGUUGACCAGCACAGGCCCAGUCUCCACAAUCGACUACACUCUCAUCCGAUCCUGUCUGCAAUUGCGAAGAUUAUGAAAGAGUGCUGGUUCCAAAGCCCUUCAGCUCGACUCACUGCUCUGCGUGUGCGAAAGACCCUCUCCAAACUGGACCAGGACCAUGACUACGACAUAGACAAGCUCAAACUGGACCUCUAGAAUAAACCCCCUGCCAUGCAUUUCCAAGGAAGUUAAAUUCUAAUGGACCCAUAUGAUAUAUUUAUCCAUAUGAGUACUUUCAGACUCUUUUAAUGUGCUUUUCAAGCUUCUUGUCUUAAGGCUCCACUGAACAUGGUUUAUCUUAUCAUGACGUUGGUUCACUGUGGGAAGUCGAGGCCAUAACUCUGCAGUUAAAUGUUUCUCCUCAAAUAUAUCCACACGACUGCUCUUCUAGGACCUGCAUAUUUCAACACGGUGACUCAUUUGUUACUGAAAUUAAAACAAGGUUGAUAAACCCACAAAAUUCUUUUCAAUAUAGUGAGAAGGUUUUUCGGCCAGGAUGUGGGUCAUUCUGGACUUCCUCACUGCGGUGUUUCCUGAAAUUCUUAACUUCCUAAACAUGACUCUAACCUAGAAAGGUUGGCACAUGCUUUAGACUGUUUGUUGCACUUAUUUUUUUUGUAGCUGUUUUUGGUUCCAUGAAAGACUUUGAAAUGAAUUUGAAUCUUUUUAAGAACAAGAACUGCACCAAGUAAUCAUUCAAACUUAGGACAUAUUAUUAGAGUGCACUUUUAUAAAUUGUUAAAUAUUUUUUACAAGAUCAAAAUUACAAUCACAUUACUCUAGCUGUAAUAUAUAUUUUUUUAUAAUGUACAAUAUAUUUGCUUUUUCAAAAAUAAUUAAAAAAAAACUGUAUAUACAAGUUAUUUUGCACAAAAUGUCUAUCGUUAUUUUCACUCCAAAUAAUAGUAUUUAAGUAUUAAUAAAACUUCAGUAUACUGAAGCAGACUGAACAUUUCUCUGCAUCAAAGGGGUCUUCAACAGAGGGACUACCAAUUAUUGAUAGAUCUCAAGCAAAUGUUUGUAGUGGAAAAAAAUUAAAUACUGAUAAAGUGUAUAAAUAAAUACAUGAUCAUGUUUAUAAAUAAACAAACAAAUAAUCACAAGAAGCUAAAUUUCACUUAAAUGGGUCAUUGAACAUUAACAGUUUUGUCCACUAGAAAAAAAACUUUUGUCCACAAGAGGGCAUCAUUAAUUGCUCUUUCCGCCCACCCCAAAGUGUAACAUUGGGUUCUUGUUGCCUUUUCUCUCAGCACAGCAAACUUUGCCACAGCCUGAUCUGGUUAAUGAAUACAGUGUCACUUCAGUAGUCCUUAAGGAGAUAUAAGGGAUCUAUUUACUUUUGCCUCAAUCCAUUUCUUAUAAACCAUAAACAAUGUGUAUCCUGUCUUACAAGCCAUGCAAUCUACACUCUUAAAAAUAAAGGUGCUUCA